AUGACAGAGAGCUUCAAAUUAAUGAAAUUAAUCAUAACUAUCUCGCUAACCAUCGCUCUGACGAAUAAUACCAAUCCCGUCGAAAAUCGUGAAUCUGUUAGCGAGAAAGAAACUGAAAGUGGAAUUGAUAUAGAUGGCGGUGAAGAACAAAGUGACAUUAUGCAGAUCGAUAAUAUUGGUAAUAUUGUUGAAGAACGAAGUGUUAUUGUUGAGGAUCAAAAAACAAAUAGUGAGCAUGACAAUGAUAGCGAUAGCGAUAGUGGAACAGCAGUAGAGGAUACAGAAGAUCGAAGAACUAAAUUUAAUUUUGGAAUGCACUCUUGUCUUCAACCAAUAGAUUAA